UCCCACGUUACGCAUUCAAAGAUGGCGGCGCCCUGUGUAGGGUAGUGUGUUUCUGUUGGAGGGAGAUUUUUGCCUGUUCUGUCAGCUGUCUCCAUGUCAGUGUCGGUGGGUCUGCGUUAGCUCUUCCUCCCGCCAUCAUGUCUCUGCGGUAGCGUCUGCAGCGAGUCUGGAGCUUCUCCUCCGCUGUGACAGCAGGAGAAGGACAAGAUGUUCGCGGCCGCCUGCUUGAAGCUUGUCCGGCAGACCGUCUCCAGCCAGAGGACGCUCAGCCUGUUCUCCAGCACCGGAUCGUCCAGCUGGACCAAGGUGGUCUCUGACGCGGAGAAGAUCGUGGGGUACCCCACCUCCUUCAUGAGUUUGCGCUGCCUGCUCAGCGACGAGCUCAGCAAUGUGGCCAUGCACAUCCGGAAGCUGGUCGGGACUCAGCAUCCGCUGCUCAACACUGCAAGGGGCUUUGUGUACGACAGCAAGAACAACCUUCAGAUGAGGGGGCUCAUCGUCCUGCUCCUGUCGAAGGCUGCAGGCCCCAACCACGCUGCUGCUGAUGUUUUGGCUCAGGACAUGGUCAGCGGCAUCUACCCCAGUCAGAGGAACCUGGCGGAGAUCGUGGAGUUGAUCCACACGGCGUUCCUGGUGCACCGUGGGGUGGUAAACCUGAAGGAGUGGAGCGCUUCGGACGGCCUGCUGAAGGACAUGGAAUUCGGGAACAAGAUGGCGGUUCUGAGUGGAGACUUCCUGCUGGCAAAUGCCUGUACGGGCCUGGCUCAGCUCAACAAUACCGAGGUGGUUGAAUUGAUCUCCAGUGCUAUCGGCGAUGUAGUUCAAGGAAUCUAUUAUGAGAAUCACAGCAGUGCUGAGGACGGGCUGAUUGAUGGGGUUGAUGUGACGUCCUGGGAGGAGCAGACCUUCCUGACUCACGGGGCGCUGCUCGCCAAGAGCUGUGAAGCCGCCAUGCUCCUCGCCAAACACGACAAGCAGUCCCAGACGCUGGCGCACCUGUACGGGAAGCACCUGUCGCUCGGCCACAAACUGAACUCUGACCUGCAGCCCUUUGUCAAAGGCGGGGUGGGAGAGCCGCUGACGUUCAGCCUGAACGCCGCCCCGGUGGUUUUCCACCGCCAGAUCGUCGGCGAGGACAGAUGGCAUCAGCAUCUGCAGCAGGCAACAACUUUAAGGAACCAGCUGGAUUACUCAAAGCUUUUGGCAACAGUUAAAUCAGAGAAAGGCGUGAGAUCCGCGCUGGAUUUGUGCUGUUUCCAUAGUAACAAGGCUCUGGAGGCCAUCAAGGCUUUCCCCUCCUCCGAGGCUCGAGCCGCCCUGGAGAACAUCGCCUUCGCCGUCGCCAAAUUUUGACCCGCGUGCGCCUCUGGCGUCCCUUUGUGCUCCGCAGAGACUAAUGAACUCCCUUUGAUCCAGGUGCUCUGGAAGUGCAAUGGCCUUCACUGAAUAAAAACACAUUUCUUGAUCUUU